AUGCGUAUCAAGAAAAGCCGCUGUGUAAGGGUUUGUGGUGAUGUCCCUCUUCUCUAUGGCAGGCGGUUCACCCGUGGCGACAGGACUAACUGCGAACUUUACGUGGUGGGCGUUAAUUAGAAGAAUCAGCACCACGGCCGGCGUGCAACGCUCGGGCCACUACAAGUUGACGGCGACGCGGGAUCGGCCGCUCACCUACGAGCAGGCCAACCCUCCAUACCGCGUAGGAGUCACCAAGAGCUGGAACUCAUGGAACACAAGCACACUGAGACAACCGGGCAGAAAAGACCAGAUGACGACGGCAGUCGAAGACCAGUUCAUCCGUUCGUUCGUCCUCGGGACCUGGCACCAGACGUGGCUCUCUGAGGUGGUCAUCAAGAGGGUCCACAACAACGUCACCGUCGCUGGAGUGGUGUGCCCGCUGCCCAGCAUCAGAACCAUGCAUUUCCUGACCGCCUAUGCCGAGGAGUUGCUCACACACGUUCUCAAGUUGAACGUACGGAUACGCAUUCAGUGCGUGAACAACAAGACUUACCUGAUCCAUAAAACUAUCUGAUUCAUUCUCAUAAUUAUUCAUGUGGCAGUUGUUUCUGUUUUGCACGCCUCGUAUGUCUUACUAUAAUGCAAUAUAGCCCUGUGGAAUCAGAUGACCAGGUAUAUAUAUUAUAUACAUACGCCUGCUUUACAUUAAAAUU